UGUAAAAUAACUGAAUGCAAGAGAAUAUCUUAUUGUUCUUGGGGGAAAAUGGCAGCUAAAAUUAAUCUUUCUUGUUCUUGCUUAGAUUCCCCAAGAUUAUCAGCAUCCUCUUCUUAUUCAGAUGUUCUUUCUCUGCCUCAGUUCCGCUGUUCAUCGUCCCAUUUAGGGUUUCAUCGAUUCAAGCUCCAAGCAAAAUUAGGUGGGGGAGAUCCAGAAUUGAAGCCUAAAGGGAAGAAGAAGUUCAUAACGAGAGAGGAGGAACCAGAACAGUACUGGCAAACAGCGGGAGAAAGAGAAGGCGAGAAUCCGAUGAAGACGCCGCUGCCUUACAUCAUAAUCUUCGGAAUGUCGACCCCUUUCGUCAUCUUAGCCAUUGCUUUUGCCAAUGGUUGGAUCAAAGUUCCGAUUCGCUGAACAAUUCCGAGGAAGAAGAAAAGGGCUCAGUCUUUUGUUCAUUGUUUUCUCAUUUCCGUAUGAAAGAACGGUUCGGGAAUCCGUUCUCAGUGAUCUCUCGGGAUGUAACGUACUCAAAACCCGACGUAAAAGAGUUAUAUAUACACGUUUUGUUCGAGCCUUGAACA